AUGGACGCCCAGAUUGAGAAAGCCAUCGAAAUCGCAUGGGACCCUCGAUCCGACCCAAACCUAAAAGAACAAGCGGUUCAAUAUCUCACCCAAGUCCGAGGCGACACCUCGAGCCUACAAGCAUGCCUUAACCUCUUCACCAGAGCUCCAAAAGCUGCCGAAGUCGUACGAUUAGUUUCGCUAGAUAUUGUCAACAAUGCGAUUCAAACUCAACACAUAGACGAUCAGAGCUUGCGUGGGCUCAAAGAACAACUACAUGACUAUGUCAGAAGAACCUAUGCCUCUGGAAACGAGGUCGAUCCACCCGCUUUACAGAACAAGCUCACACAAACCUUGACGUUUUUGUUCUCAUCAUUAUACAAGGAAGGCUGGGAAAGUUUCAUAAGAGAUUUCUUGAGCUUCGCAGGUCAUCAGAAUGGAUCAGUUGAUAAUCUUUCCGGGGUUGUAUUGUAUUUGCGGCUUUUGAGCUCCAUUCAUGACGAGAUUGCCGAUUUGAUGAUAGCCAGGGCUGGAGAGGAAACAAAGCGAAAUGUCGAGUUGAAGGAUCUUGUGCGUGCUCGAGAUGUACAUACGGUGGCAGGUUCUUUUCAACAAAUCCUCACAUACUGGCAAGGUAAUAACGAUGCCAUUGUUGAAAUGACAUUGAAGGUUAUUGGAAAAUGGGUCUCGUGGAUUGAUAUCUCUUUAGUCGUAAAUCAGGAUAUCUUGAAUUUGUUGUUUCCAUUGGUUGGCCGAAACCCUAAUGGUGGUGAAGACAAAGUCAAGGAUGCUGCCAUAGACUGCUUUACAGAGAUUGUGGCAAAGAAGAUGAAACCUUCUGAUAAGAUAGGAAUGAUCCUGUUCUUAAACCUUGGAGAAGUUGUGUCGCAACUUAUCACUAGUCCAGCCCUACACAACUUACGGAACACUUCUAGCUAUGACACCGAUCUUGCGGAAGCGGUUGCAAAACUGGUCAACAACGUUGUUUCAGAUCUGGUCAAAAUCCUCGAGGACAUCAAAGUUGAACCCGAUGUUCGAGCCCAAGCAGAACAAUUAUUGCAAACUUUCCUUCCACUUCUACUCAGAUUUUUCUCGGACGAGUACGACGAGAUAUGCGCAACAGUCAUACCAUCUCUCACAGAGCUCAACACAUUCUUACGCAAAGCACAACCAUUACCACCUGCAUAUUCCGCCAUGCUGACACCUAUUCUCAAUGCGAUAAUACAAAAAAUGAGAUACGAUGACACUUCUUCAUACGCCGAUGAGGAUGAAUUAACAGACGAGGCUGAAUUCCAAGAGCUUCGAAAAAGGUUACAGGUUCUUCAAAAGACUAUUGCUGCAGUUGAUGAAGCUUUGUAUGUUGAUGUCUUGAGCAACGUGAUUGGAAGUACAUUUCAGAGACUCGACGAGCAAAAUGGUCAGAUAGACUGGCGCGAUUUGGACCUUGCACUACACGAAAUGUACCUUUUUGGGGAACUUACGCUCGUCAAUGGUGGUCUUUAUGCCAAGAGCCAGCCAUCCAGUAUCGCAGCCGAACGUUUGAUCGUCAUGAUGUCUAAAAUGGUCGAAUCCGGCAUUGCGUCAUUCAAUCAUCCUGCCAUCUCACUCCAAUAUAUGGAAAUCUGCGUUCGAUACUGUUCGUUCUUUGAAAACCAAACCCAAUAUAUUCCUCAAGUUCUCGAGCAAUUCGUUAGCUUUGUGCACCAUAGUCAUUCACGGGUCAGGAUACGUUCGUGGUAUCUAUUUCACCGAUUUGUAAAGCACUUGAGAGGUCAAGUUGGUAAUGUUGCGGAAACUAUCAUUCAAUCUAUCAGUGAUCUCCUUCCUUUGAAGGCAGAAGUACCAAGGGAAAAUGAUGAUGACAUGUCAUCAGAUGAUGGCAAUCAUGAUGCAGCGGAUGUUGCAUUCAAUGCGCAACUCAACCUUUAUGAGGCAAUUGGUUGUAUCUCAUCCACAACCUCAACACCAAUAGAGAAGCAAGCUAUCUAUGCAAGAACAAUCAUGGAUCCUCUAUUCUCAGACAUCGAGCGAAAUUUAGAGCAAGCUAAGUCGGGCAAUGCACAAGCUGUUCUACAAAUUCAUCACAUUGUUUUCGCUCUUGGAUCGUUAGCCCAUGGAUUUUCUGACUGGUCCCCUGGAGAAGGAAAAAGGGCUGGACAAGCACCUGUCAAGGAGAUAACCAUUGAAUUCAGCCGUGCCGCGGAAGCAAUUUUGUUUGCACUCGAGGCACUUAAGGCUUCUUUCGAGGUCCGUAAUGCAGCAAGAUCCUCAUUCUCCAGACUUAUGGGAGUCAUGGGUUCUUCUAAAGAAGAAAUCGCCAUGUUCUUACGAUUAUUGGAUCAAGUGGUGUUUGGGUUUAAGAAGGAUAUACAUGAAGUUCUCAACUCCCUACUGACACCACUUUUCCAACGAGUUUUUGCUAGCUUAAGCGAGCCGGUUACAGGAACAGAUGAUGGAAUCCAACUCGUUGAAUUGCGAAGAGAAUAUUUGACCUUCGUAACGGUCAUCUUGAAUAACGAGCUCGGUUCUGUACUUGUUAGUGAGCAGAAUCAAGCUUUCUUUGACCCCCUUAUUCAGUCGGUCACAACCUUGGCGAAAACAGUCACAAAUGAAAAUGGCAAUCUCGCGGCCAGCAAGAUUGCCUUCAACGUCAUGACAAAGAUGGCAGAGAUCUGGGGUGGCCCAACAAUUGCGACACCAGGUCAGCCCAUUACCUCGCCUGUUUCCCCUCAACCAUCAUUUCCCGGCUUUGAUAGUUUUCUCAUUGAACGUUUUCACCCGGUUUGUUGGGAAGUUCUUCGCGAUCCAAACUUCAGACCAUUGGUCGAUGCGCAAUCCAAGAGCGUUUUGAACGAAUUGGCGGGAUUGGAACAGGUUAUCUAUAUGAAGACUGGGAACAUGUUUGUGGAGCAUUUACAGGGCAAUUUCUUCCCAAGCAUGGGCGUGGAUGGUAGUGGAUUUAUUAAGAGCAUGGUGGAGAGUCCGGAAAGAAAGGGAUUAGCGACAUUUUUGCAGAAUUGGAUGAAAGGAAAAGCUUAG